UCCUCUUUAAUGUGGAACUUGUUGAAGUUUGGAACUAUGAGGAAAGCUCCCUUUCUCUGCAUAAGUCUACUUCUUGCUAAAGGUGUGUUUAGUGUUGAGACUGAAGAAGUGAAGGCGGUGAGAGGAGAAACUAAAACUCUACACACUGGAGUCAAAGACUAUUUUAAGAUAUUUUGGAGGAAUGAAAACAACAGUAAUAUAGCUGACUGUCAAGUACUGACAGAUGAUUCAACACUAUGUAAGACUCUCAGAGACGGAGUGCAGAUCGACAAUCAGACUGGAUCUCUCACCUUCAUCAACAUCAGUGAUGAACUCGGCGGACUUUACAAACUGCAGAUCAUCAACAAGAGCUUUGAGCGGUCAACCAACGAGUUCAAUGUUGCUGUCUUUAAUCCUUUUCCCAUUCCCAUAGUCUACAAAUCAGAGAACUCCUCAUGCUCUCAGUGUUUCCUGCUGUGUUCAGUGAAUGAGACACAGACGACUCUCUCCUGGUACAAAGGAGACCGUUUACUGUCCUCCAUCCACAUCUCUGAUCCCAACAACAGCAUCCCUCUGCAUCUAAAGGGGAAUUAUGAAGACAUUAAUGAAUACAGAUGUGUGGUGAACAACUCAAUCAGCACCCAGACUAAACCCCUCAGCACAUCUGAACUCUGUCAGUCAUGUGCAGAAACAGGGCUAAACCCAGGUUAUAUAGCACUGAUCUGUCUGACGGGGAUUGCAGGAGUUGUGAUUUACUGGCGCUGGAGGAAAAGAGGAAAAACUGGACGAAAUGGCAAGUGGAUGCCCAUGCAUAUUACACAGUCCUGGCUGAGGAGGAAGAGGAUACAGAUACUGGACUGGCCUGCCUACAGUCCUGACCUGUUUCCAAUAGAUAAUGUGCGGCGCAUUCACAAGACCUCGUACUUGGAAUCGGCUGCUUACCGUUAUCAGAAUGGAGGAACAGGAGGAUCACCAGACGAGGAGGAGAAUCUGGAUUAUUGA